AGAAUACGGAAAAUCUCUGCGAAAAUUCGAAAGGAGAAAAACACACACACACACACACAAAAAGCAAGAGGGAAAAGAGCGUGCAACGGGGGCUCAGAGACGCAUCUAAAUCCUACUGUUCUUCUUCACGAGAAAAAGCUCAAAACCCAUCAAAUAUAUAUUAAACUAUCUCUACUUCUCUCUCUUGCUUUUCCAUUUUUUCAUUUGUUUUUGGGUUUUCGAAAUUAAUGGCUAUUAUGAGGCAUAAAGCUCGACAAAGCUAAAAGCACAAGGAGGAAGAGGAAGAGGAGGAGGAACAUUUUGUUGAGUUGCCCAAUGCUUUCUUUUUGAGCUUUCAUACAAUGGCUGAUGAUCUCUGUUCUUUCAAGGAUAUAUUUCUUAUAAAGGCGCCCAAGAAAUCUCCGUUGGUGCUGAGGAUGAUUGUCUUGUUGUUUGCAAUGGUCUGUGGUGUCUAUAUUUGCUCAAUUUGUUUAAAGCAAGUCAGCACCCGCACCAACGUUGCCGGGUUUUUAAAUGUCCAGGUGAUUCAAAAGCCAUGCCCACGACCUGAUGUUGAGCCGGAGGAAGUUCCUUAUGUGCACUACCCAAAGCCCAUAACGUAUAGCCGGGCUGAAUGUGCAUGCAAUCCUGUGCGAUAUUUCGCAAUUUUGUCGAUGCAGAGGUCUGGUAGUGGGUGGUUUGAGACGCUAUUGAAUAAUCAUACUAACAUAAGCUCAAAUGGGGAGAUUUUCUCUGUUAAAGUUAGGAGAAGUAAUGCCUCAACAAUCGUUGAGACUUUGGACAGACUUUAUAAUCUAGAUUGGUUCAGUAGUGCCUCAAAGAAUGAGUGCACAGCUGCAGUUGGCUUAAAGUGGAUGCUUAAUCAGGUGAUUAUUAACAAAGGGAUCGAGUUGACUGAACUUUCAAACUCACUUGGUGUGACCCUUACGUGGAUGUCUUGGCCAGAAAGGAAUUCAUUGCAAACUCGAAUUUGUUUACAUGGAAGUCGAUUGGUUGUUUACCUUAAAACACUAAAAACUAGUAAUUUUGAUUUGCAAACUUAUUAAAUGUCAUGGUUGCAGGCAGAGAUACUUGCAAAAUACAAGCCUACAAUCAAUGCAACUUUACUGAUACCUAACCUGAAGCAAGUAGAGGAUACAACUAUGAAAGCUUUGGAGUAUUUCAAAAGCACCCGGCAUAUUAUCCUAUACUAUGAGGAUAUUGUUAAAAACCGAACUAAAUUGCUAGAUGUUCAAGAUUUUCUUAAGGUUCCACAAAGGGAUUUAAAGAGUCGUCAGGUGAAGAUACACAAAGGCACCUUGUCUAAUCAGAUUGAGAAUUGGGGUGAUGUUGAAAAGACACUUACAGGAACACAGUAUGAAAACUUCCUCCAUGCAGAUUAUCAACGAAGGUAAACAGCACCGGGGCGAUGUAUAUACCAUGCUUUGUCCUUUAACAUUUUUUUUUCUUCUCUUCUCCUUAACCUCAGAAGCCAACAGGAGGUUACAGGUCACCUCCCUGUUGAAAUUUUGGCUGCAGCUUCUGAAUUUCAAUUAUAGCUUCCUUCUUGUUACUCAAUUUUUGUUUCUUGGCCACUCUCAAUUAAUAUUCAAUUGAUUCUUUCAUC